UACUUCGGGCCCCGAGGCUCCAUAACGAGACCUAGAAGAUUCUUGCUUGCAUUACGCUUGCAACGACAAUUGUCGAUGAUACGCGACGUGACCACCGUUCCCGAUCCAGAAUUCGUUGAUAAAAUAGGGAAUAUUACAGUGCCAGCAGGACGUAACGUAAAAUUAGCCUGCAGCGUGAAGGAUUUGGGUCCAUACAAGGUGGCCUGGAUGCUUUUCGACAAGAGCGCUAUCCUGACGGUACAGCAUCACGUUAUUACCAGGAACCCCAGGAUAACCGUAUCACACGAUAAGCACAGGACCUGGUACCUACAUAUCAAAGAGGUACAAGAGGAGGACAGGGGAAGGUACAUGUGCCAGAUUAAUACGGCAACUGCGAAAACACAGUAUGGCUAUCUGCACGUCACCGUGCCUCCGAAUAUAGAAGACUUCCAGACUUCGUCGGACGCCAUUGUACGGGAGAAUUCCAACGUCAGCUUGACGUGCAAAGCGUCCGGAAGUCCGAAACCACAUAUAAGCUGGAAGAGAGACGACGCAUCGAACAUUACAAUUAAUAAAAUGCUAUCGGUGCCAGAGUGGAAGGGUGAAACAUUAGAGAUUAUGCGCAUCUCGAGAUUAGACAUGGGUAUUUAUUUGUGCAUCGCGUCCAAUGGCGUGCCUCCGUCUGUGAGCAAGCAGAUCAAAGUUUCCGUCGAUUUCCCCCCUAUGCUGUCGAUACCGCACCAAUUGGUCGGUGUACCCUUAGACUACGAUAUCACGUUGGAAUGCCACACCGAGGCUCAUCCUACUUCUUUGAAUUACUGGACCAGGAACGACGGCACGAUGAUUCACGAAAGCAGCAAGUACAAAGUGCUCACAACACCGGGGGACCGAUCCUACAAGACUCACAUGAUGCUAACCAUUUACAAGCUGCAGGCCGAGGAUUAUGGUAGCUACAAGUGUAUCGCGAAGAACCCGCGAGGCGAAACGGACGGCAUCAUUCACUUGUACGAGUCCUCGCCGCCGACCACCAGCCCCAGUCCGUCCACCACCGAGUUGCCGAAGAAAGACUGGGACAUGAUGGCUGAACUGAAUAACUCCGUUUACGGGAAUCCAAGCUCACUGACCACUCACAAUGAAAAAAACAUGAAAGCAGGUAAUAAAUUCCAGUCGAACCUGAGCGAGAUCGGGAAGUCGGAGCAAAAAUCGAGCGACCCGGAUAGGAAAAGGAAUUACGAUUGGCCCCCAGACAGUGGUUCGGGAGUUGCCAUGACGACGACAGGACUGCUGUUAAUGGCUGCCCUGAUCGCGGUGUCGAUCGUUCGAUAAGCAGAGCCACGACGUCGACGAUCUGUGAUUAGGGACUAAACCUAACAGAAAUCUAAAUGAAGUUAGAAAAUCGACACGUACACGGGAGAUUCUACACGAUACACGUACAGUACACACACACGGAGACACGUACAGAGUGGAUACGGGCGAGAAUUGACUGAGUAGUUAGUGUCGUAUUAAAACGGAAGAGGUGGGAAAAAAAUAAAUAAAUAAAUAAGAAUAAUAAUUACGCGUGCCAAGUCAGUGUAGCGCAAGUGUCCAAUGAAGACGAACGUGGGCGAUAGAGAAUUCAUUUCUACGGAGCAACGUGCAGACGCGCGAGGGGCGUAGACAAACGAGAAAGGGUCAAAUCACAAAGUGCAACGACUAUCGCUUUCAGUGUAACAUAUUGUAUAACGCCGUAAUGUCGCCGCAGAGACCGCGCCAACGAUCUCGAAAUUUUGCUGCAAAAGCUUCAGAGCCAUCUUCGAGCACGAAACGUUCCACCGUGCUUUUCCUGUAAGAUCA